AUGGCCAAGAAAGUUGCCAUCUGUACAUUGCUGUAUUCACGGGACUAUUUACCUGGCGCAUUGACUUUAGCGUACCAAUUACAAAAACUCUUGAAACACGCUGUAGUGGAAGAUGAGAUAACCUUAUGCCUGCUAAUUGAAAAAAAAUUGUUUGGAGAUGAGUUUAAACCUCAGGAAAUAGCUUUAAUUAGAAGUCUUUUUAAAGAGAUUAUCAUUAUUGAACCGCUAAAGGAUCAAGAGAAGAGCAUAGAGAAGAAUAAGGCAAAUCUUGAACUGUUGAAAAGGCCUGAGCUAUCUCAUACUUUACUCAAGGCUAGACUGUGGGAACUGGUGCAGUUCGAUCAGGUUUUAUUUUUAGAUGCUGAUACUUUACCAUUAAAUAAAGAAUUUUUUGAAAUCCUACGAUUAUACCCUGAACAAACAAGAUUCCAGAUUGCUGCGGUUCCAGACAUCGGAUGGCCUGACAUGUUCAACACCGGUGUACUACUACUAAUUCCUGAUUUAGAUAUGGCAACAAGUUUACAAGAUUUUUUGAUUAAAACUGUAUCGAUUGAUGGUGCUGAUCAAGGAAUCUUCAAUCAAUUUUUUAAUCCUAUUUGCAACUACAGCAAAGAGGUUUUGCAUAAGGUGUCUCCACUCAUGGAAUGGAUACGCCUCCCCUUCACCUACAACGUAACCAUGCCCAACUACGGAUACCAGUCUUCACCAGCCAUGAAUUUUUUCCAACAACACAUCAGACUUAUUCACUUCAUUGGAACGUUUAAGCCAUGGUCCCGUAAUACAACUGACUAUGACGACCACUAUUACCAGCUGUGGAGAAGUACACAGCGUGAACUUUAUAGUGAAUGCCACUUAAGUAACUACUUCACACACUUGCAAUUGGGCAAUAUUGAAACAGAGACAAAUUUUUACCACGAACCUCCUUGUCUUCAAGACCUGUUGAAUCAUGGUAAAAGAGAAAAUCAAAAGCACGUUGACCUGGAUAUAACCUCAGUAGAUCGAAAUGCUUCGCAGAAGAGUACUGCAGAGAAACAUGAUAUUGAGAAACCGACAUCUAAGCCGCAAUCUGCUUUUAAAUUUGAUUGGGAGUCUACGGAUUAUUUAGACCGCGUCCAAAGAGCAUUCCCAAAGCCUGAUACCUGA